AUGUGCCGGUCUCGCUGUGAAGUGGGCUUUGCGGUGGGCCCCGGCCACAAAGACUCGGAGAAGGGACAGCGCCCACAGCAAACCUGGCUCCUCUGGGUUUUCCUGGUGGUGGCUGUUGAAAAUCUCUGUUCUCACAGAGUUUCCCCAACACUCUACAAACAGCUACGCCAAGUCUGUGAAGAUCAUGUCCAAGCACAGAUCCUUCAGUUUAGAGAAGACUCACUAGAUAGUGUUUUAUUUUUAAAGAAGAUUAACACAUGCUGGCAAGAUCAUUGCAGACAAAUGAUCAUGAUCAGAAGUAUUUUCCUGUUUUUGGAUCGCACUUACGUCCUUCAGAAUUCCAUGCUUCCUUCUAUCUGGGAUAUGGGAUUGGAACUUUUUAGAAACCAUAUCAUCAGCGAUAAAAUGGUUCAGAGUAAAAGUAUUGAUGGAAUUCUGCUGUUAAUUGAACGAGAGAGAAAUGGCGAAGCAGUGGAUCGCAGUUUAUUGAGAAGCCUGUUGAGUAUGCUGUCUGACCUCCAGGUAUAUAAAGAUUCAUUUGAACUGAAAUUUUUGGAAGAAACUAAUUGUUUAUAUGCUGCAGAAGGCCAGAGAUUAAUGCAAGAAAGAGAGGUUCCAGAAUAUCUUAACCAUGUAAGUAAGCGUUUAGAGGAAGAAGGAGACCGAGUAAUCACGUAUUUAGACCACAGCACACAGUAAGUACUAUUCAUUUACUUGGUUCUUGCAAUUUGAGCACAGUGAACCCUUUUCCUGGCUGGCAUUCAGUACUACCUGAGAGUAUUUUUGUUGCUUGUAUUAUUUGUGAUCAUUCAGUAUUUGUGAGUGACAAGGGCUGUGUCAUGAGAUAGCGCCCAAACAGAGCACCUCAGGCCGAGGGGCUUGGCAUUUUUGAGUUUAGAGACAGGGAUU